UAUAUAAGCUUGCGAGACUCGCUGAGGGCUUCACUGCAGUGAGCAGAUUCAUUUGAGCGAAUCCACUCUAGCCUUAGAGAUAACCCUAAGUUAAAAAUGGCAUUCGCCGGAAUCCUGACUGACGCUGACAUCACUGCAGCCCUUGCAGCCUGCCAAGCUGCCGACUCUUUCAAGCACAAGGACUUCUUUGCUAAGGUCGGCCUGGCUGCCAAGACCCCUGAUGACAUCAAGAAGGCCUUCGCCAUCAUUGACCAGGACAAGAGUGGCUUCAUUGAGGAGGAUGAGCUGAAGCUGUUCCUGCAGAACUUCUCUGCCAGUGCCAGAGCUCUUACCGACGCUGAGACCAAGACCUUUCUCCAAGCCGGUGACUCUGAUGGUGAUGGCAAGAUCGGAGUUGAUGAGUUUGCUGCCCUGGUCAAGGGUUAAAUGAAUAAAACUGACCAACAUCGUACUUCACUACUCCAAAGGAACAACUUGAGCCAAGACAAACUCCUCCUCUCUUCUCCUCUUCCCUCUCACUCUCUCUCAACUCUCCACACCACUUUUAUACACUUGACCUUUCCCCCUCUCCCCCCCGACUAUAGACAUCCUGCUCCCUCCCUCUCUCUCUCUCUUUCUGGCCGUGGUCAUCCCUUUGUCCACUAUGAAUGUACCUGACUAAGUGUAUAGCUUGGUUGACUUGUGUCUUUCUCUCUCUCUCUCUCUCUCUCUCUCUCUCACUUCUGUCGUCGUUUUACUAUCUGAGUUUUUCUUACUGUGAGAUCAGUGAUGAUGCACUUUUCUGGGAAACGGACGGACGAUGAGAAAACAAUAAAGGUUCUUUUUCAAUAA